AUGCCACCCAGCUCUCCCUGGUGGGAUGAACUCAAGCGGUCCGUAUUUGAGCAGGCAGGCAGGCGUGAUAAGGUAGCGAUCGAUGGAUGGGAUGGCGUAGUUACCUAUGAGGAGCUCGACGAAUUCUCGUCCCGGGUCGCUGCUCACUUGCAGGCCCUCGGGAUAGGCCCGCGGAUGAUGGUCCCAGUUUGUUUUGAGAAGUCCAUCUGGUCGAUUGUUGCGACCAUCGGUGUCCAUAAGACUGGUGCCGCAUUUGUUCCUUUGGAUCCAGCCUUGCCCAUGCAGCGAAUUGAAAAGAUCGUGGCCUUGGCCGGGAGCAAAUUCGUGGCUGUUUCAUCCAUGCAGAAGCCACGAUUUGAGAGCUCGUCUGUCACUCCGGUCAUUAUCAAUCCACAGGUCAUGGCUAAUUUUCCGCCGGCGGAUGCACUGUUGCCGUCCGAAGUCUCCAUGGAGGAUCCUGGCUACUGCCUUUUUACCUCUGGAAGCUCUGGGACCCCCAAAGGGUGCAUUAUCAGCCAACGCGCGUUUGCAGGGAUUAGCCAACAGGGUACGACCGUGCAUCUCAGCGAGAGGUCGCGCAGUCUUCAAUUCGCCUCCUAUUCCUUUGGCAUCUCCAUCAUCGAGAUCUACUGCACGCUCGGCACUGGAGGCACUGUCUGUGUGGUUUCUAGUGAGGAUUGUGCAGGAAUCAGUAACCUAGCGCGUGCGAUCACCCGAGUCAACGUGAACUGGACCUUCAUGACUCCGACGAUGGUCGGCUCUCUACAUCCAAAGGAGGUUCCCUGUCUUAAAACAAUCGUCACAGGCGGCGAGCCCUUACAGAAGGGUCAGAUCAUGACCUGGGCAGAUGCAGUCAGUCUUCAUCAGGCAUUAGGCUUGACAGAGUGGGCUGGAACAUGUUGUAUCUCGCCUCGCAUCACCUCAACCUCUUGCUUGGGAGUGGUCGGCAAGCCAAUGUCGCAUGCACGAGCAUGGCUUGUCGAUCCGAAUAAUGCAAACUUUCUUGCCCCCGUUGGUGCUGUCGCCGAGCUAUGUAUUGAGGGAACGUGUCUUGCACAGGGCUAUCUUAACGACCCUGACAGGUCAUCUAAGGCAUUCAUUUCGCACCCGGGAUGGGGACACGAGCCGUUAUUUCCGACUAUCUCUGGCCCACGGAAACUCUACAGGACUGGAGAUCUCGUGCGCUACAUGUGUGAUGGGAGUAUUCAACACCUCGAACGAAAAGACAUGCAGCGGAAGGUCCGAGGACAGCGGGUUGAGAUCACAGAGGUCGAGUACCACAUCAGACAUUGCUUUCCCGAGGCCGUGCGGGUAUUUGCGGAAGUCAUUUGCCCAUAUGAUCAAGAUUCAGGGUCCAGCUCGGUGUUGGCGGCCUUUGUUCAGCUCGAUCAACCAGGAGCUGGGUCAAAUGCCACCAGCUGUGAUGGCGAGAACUGGUUUGCCCCCGUCGGCAUGGUCUUGCAAGAUCGUAUCAACGCCACGCGCGAGGCCCUGUCACUCCAACUGCCCCGGUACAUGAUUCCCGACCUCUUCCUCCGCCUCAGGGACAUUCCCCUUACGGUCAGUGGAAAGCUCGACCGCCGGCGUCUCUGCAACUACGCGAACCGGCUUACGCGCCACCAGCUCCUCGGCAAAGACCAUGAGGAUGGGUCGCGUCGCGCACCGGCGACAGAGAUGGAGACAAUACUGCUUUCGCUCUUCGCCCACUCUCUCAAAUCUUCUGUGGAGAAAAUUGGCGUCGACGAUAAUUUCUUCCACCUUGGGGGCGAUUCACUCAGGGCCAUGACUCUUGUUGGCCAGGCGAAUUCGAAGUACGGGCUAAAGAUCACAGUGGGCGAAAUCAUCACUUAUCCAACGGUCUCUCAAUUAGCCACCGUGGUGCCUGGGACAAAAGUUGCUCAAGAAAUGAACGGAGCUGUUGUACCUUUCUCCCAAUUGUUCAAGUCUGAAAGCAAGGAAGAGGUCAUCCGGGAAGCCUGCAAGCAGUGCCACGUGGAGCCUGACAUCAUUGAGGAUAUUUACCCCUGCACGCCUCUUCAGGAGGGGAUGUUUGCCCUGGGCAGGAAACAAGCGGGUGGUUAUGUCGCUCGCUGGGUGUUUGAGUUUCAGCAGAUGUGCGAGGCGGAUUUACAGCGCCUGAAAGACGCCUGGCUUAGUGUGCUGGAAGAUAGCGCCCCUCUAAGGACACGUAUUAUAGCCUCUCCGUCCCAGCGCAUGUAUCAAGUCCUGCUCCGAGGCCAGUCUGUCUGGCAGGAGUCGAGCACUCUCUUUCAUCGGGACGAGCGGGACGAUAAGCCCGACCUGCUCGUUGAGUCUGGCCACCCAUUGGCCCAAAUUUCCAUCCACCGGAACGACACUGCCGAUUGCGUUCAGCUAGCACUCACUAUGCACCACUCGGUGAUUGAUGGAUGGUGUUUCCGCAAGAUCCUGGAUCAGGUAGAAGCGGUUUACCAUGGGGAGGCCCUGCCAGCGUCACCCCCGUUCGCUACGUUCGUCCACUAUCUCAGCCAGCUUCCAGACCACAAGACAUAUUGGACGGACUAUUUCUCAGGCCUCAAUGCAGAGGUCUUCCCUGCCAUCUUGCCCGUGGCGUAUGAGCCAUGCCCCAUGGGAGAAGCAACAGACUGGCUUCCGCUGGCGGCCUUUACCCCCGGACGAUUCACACGUUCGGCGAUUUUACGACUCGCCUGGGCGAUGGUGCAGUCUCAAUAUCAAGGAAACAAUGACAUUGUUUAUGGACUCACCGUAUCCGGACGCAAUGCUCCCGUCCCGGGCAUCUUGACAAUGACCUCCCCGACAGUGGCCACGAUACCAUUCCGGGUGCAGCUGGAUCCGGCCGCAUCAGUCGAGAAGGCACUGGACAAUCUAGUUGCCCAGACUAUCCGCAGCAUUCCCCAUGAGCAGACAGGACUGCAGAACAUGCGAAAGUGGGGCGGAGAUGUCGCCGCCGCGUGCGAAUUCCAGACACUCCUGGUCAUUCAGCACAUUGACAGUACCACAGGGUACAGUCUGUUGGGAGCUGAGCCUCAUGAAACCAGUUUUGCUGCCUUUUGCACUUACUCUCUCACUCUGGUCUGUAAUCUCAACUCGGACCCGGUAGAGCUGAAGGCCUGGUUCGAUCCUAAGAUCGUGCCAGAGCGGCAGGUCCAUCGUAUCCUCCGCCAACUCAAGCAUGUGGUUCAAGCCAUUUCAAAAGACCCCGCUUCGACGGUGAGUGACUGCAUGACUGUGAGCCCGAGUGACGCCGACGAAAUCUGUGCAUGGAACCAGCCGAUUCCUGCCUUGCCCGAAAAGGGUGUUGACGCACUGUUCCACCAGCAGUGCGUGGCGCAUCCAGACCGACUGGCAGUGGACGGAUGGGAUGUGCAGUUCACAUACAAAGCCCUCGAUGAGCUCUCCACUCAUCUAGCCAAACACUUGGUGGCGAUGGGAAUAAUAGCCGGUGAUUUCGUGCCCAUCUGCACAGAAAAAUCUGGUUGGACGAUUGUCUGCAUGCUCGCCACGAUCAAAAUCGGGGCUGCGUUUAUUCUGCUUGAUCCGGCUGUCCCGAAACAGCGACUGGCUGCUAGCUGCCAGCAAGCCUUGGCCAAGCUGGUUCUCACGACGACUGGAACCCUUCCACUUGCCCUCGAGCUGGUGGCCAAAGUCGUCCUCGCGGAUGAUCCAUAUCCAGCCAGAGCAGGCAUAUUACUGCCAAUAAUCCAACCGGAACGGCCUUUGUUCGCCGUGUUUACUUCGGGGUCCACAGGCGUGCCAAAAGCGGCCAUGGCGGACCAUCAAUCAUUCCUCAGUUACUCUCUUCCUAUCAUGAGGAAGAUGGGGAUAGACGGGACGGUCCGAUGGCUCCAGUUUUCCUCCUAUGCAUUCGACAUGAGCGUGAAUGAAACUCUGUGGACAUUGUUGGGCGGUGGUUGUAUAUGCGUGCUAUCUGAUACACAGCGCUUGGACAACUUUGUUGACACCGUAACCACCUUCCGUCCGACUCAUGCUGUCCUCACGCCCUCCUUCAUGCGCUCACUUGAUCCUAAGGACCUUCCAUCGCUCCGAGCGCUCAUGCUGGGUGGUGAGCCAACGCAGCCAUCGGAACUUGCCGCCUGGAGCCCUUACAUGAAUCUGAUGAUCGGAUAUGGACCAGCCGAGUGCGGUGUGACUCACCUUCGGUACUUCGGUGAGAGUCCCAACGACCCGUACAACUCCGUCGGCUUCCCAACAGGGGGUGCCUCCUGGCUGGCGGCCCCUGGGGACCCGGAAAAGCUCCUUCCAAUCGGCGCUGUGGGCGAGUUGUUCCUGGAGGGUUCCUUUGUUGGACCGGGAUAUAUGCAUGACCCGACAAAAACCCAGGAAGCCUUCAUCGUGGCGCCCAGUUACGUCCGAGAGCUCCGUCACGGCCCAAGUCGCGUGUAUAGGACCGGUGACCUGAUGCGAUACAAUGUUGAUGGAUCGCUGAGUUUCGUCGGGCGAAUGGAUUCCCAGGUCAAGAUCCGUGGCCAGCGAAUAGAGUUGGCCGACAUCGAGACUCAUCUGGCGAGGUGUUUCUCCUCUCCUGUCCAGGUCGUGGUCGAGCUCGUCUCGCCAGAAGGCCAUGGAGCACCCUUUCUCGCAGCUUUUAUCUAUUUCCCCGUCGAAGGCGGCCAAGGCCCCACUGCGGACGCCGGAGCGACAAUUGCAAGCUGCCACGCCUUCUACCAACCGGAACAAGAUUUUCAGGAGCGGGAAGCCAAUGCUCUGGCCUUGCUUCGUGACCGGCUGCCUCGCUUCAUGAUCCCGUCGAUGAUGAUCAAUCUCGCACACAUGCCACACACUGCUAGCGGCAAAGUAGACCGGAAAUACCUACGAAAAUCAUUGGCUGAGUUGCCAGACAAAGAGCUCAAGCAGUUCCGCGCCACAAUUGGGAAAAGGCGUGGUGCAGCCACCGAGAUGGAAAAGAAUAUUCAGAAAUUCUGUGCCACAGCCUUGCAGAUCCCAUGCGAAGAGGUUAGCCUCGACGACAACUUCCUUCAACUCGGCGGCGACUCCAUCAGUGCGAUGUAUAUGGUGGCAGAAGCCCGUAAAGACGGAGUUGCAAUAAGUGUGGUUGAUAUUCUGGAAAAUCCUCGCUUGUCAGCGUUGGCCAGUCAUGUAGCAUGCCACAAUAGCUCCUUUGCUGGAAAUUCCAAUGCCUACAGCAGUGCUGAUAUUAAGCCUUUUGCGCUGGUUAACGAAGGGCUUCGAGCAGAGGCCACACGUGCGCUAUUAGAGCUGCAAAUUGUGAAGCAGGAAUCGCAUAUUGCUGAUGUCCUGCCAGUGACUGAAAGUCAGCAGUUUUUCCUCACCCAGUGGACCCCAUUCCUUGCCUGCUACUUUUUAACUGGGUUUGUUGAUGGGAGACGCCUCCGUCAUGCUUGUCAAGCUGUUAUGUCAGCUCAUAGCAUUCUUCGCACUGCCUUUGUACAAACACAUCACGGUUUGCUCCAGGCAGUCCUUCAGGACAUUGACCUACCAUUUCAUCAGGUCACCACGACGGAUGACCUGCUGACCUACUGCGAUUCGAUAUGGCAGAGCAACUCAGAGAUAUCAUCCACUGUUAACACUGCGCCCCUUCGUUUCACGCUUGUGUCGCGCUCUGCAACUGAGCACGCUUUUAUCCUCCGUAUCUCCCACGCCCAGUACGAUGGCAUUUCGCUGCCAACCUUGAUGAAUGCCCUGGCAGAGGCGUACACAGGGCGUACACCGGAGGCAAUAAUUGAUUUUGCCAGCUAUAUGCACCUUCGCUCAUUACAUGAUCAUACAGGGGCAUUCCACUUCUGGCGUCAGUAUCUGCUCAACUCAUCCGUACGCCCAUGGGACAUUUCCACAAACGCCCCACCUCAGAGCCCGAACAAUGUCUCCAGCUCUUCCCGCAUAACCGCUGGACAGAGUGUCCCCAUGCCCAGUCUUUCGGCAGGCCAGACCGUCGCAAGCCUUGUCAAGGCCGCUGCAGGCUGGCUCUUCGCCCGGGAUACCCGUCAACACGAUAUCGUCCUGGGCCAAACAGUGUCCGGGCGCAGCAUGCCCAUCGGAGGCAUCGAGAAGAUGCUCGGUCCGUGUCUGAACACCAUUCCAUUCCGGUUACAGCUGCAGCCCAGGUGGAGUGCUCUCGAUCUUUUGCAGCACGUUCAGAAGCAAUGCUCCGCGACGUUUGCGCAUGACUACGUGGAUCUCGCAGAUAUUGUCCGUACCAGCACAGACUGGCCGCAGGAUAGUUAUCUUCCCUGUAUUAUUCAACAUCAGAAUGUUGCACAGACUUCCACUCUCCCAUUACCUGACGUUGAGUGUACCUCGUCUGGCUGGGCACAUUUCAUCCCGCAAUCCGGGAUGUGGAUAUUGACCUCGCCGCAGGACUCCAAGUUACAGAUUAUGCUUUGUACGUCGGGGGCGUUCAUGUCGCUGGAAACAGCCAGAUUGUGGGUCAAGGAUCUCGCGACCGUGAUCACUAUUUUCGCAAGCCAGCCUGAGAUACUGCUGGAUGAUGUCCAUGUAUGA